AUGGCCAAGCCCCCGCUUCAGACAGCAACGAUCAUCCUGCUCGUGCUCCUCGUGGCCGCGUCGUGCCUCCACACCGUCGACGCCGCCGCUUUAGGGUUCUCCUGGGGCAAGUGUUGCGUUCGGUGCGCGAGGACGACCACGCGGCGGGCACGGGAGGCGUGCAUGAGCUCCUGCGGCCUAAAAUGCGAGUUUUGCAAAUGCGGGCCUGCGAUGCCGCCGCGCGACAUCCAUGACUGCCCCUGCUACCGCAACAUGCUCACCGCCAGCCCCAAGAAGAGGCCCAAGUACCCUUGAGACUGAGACUGCGAGGCCGGCUCACACGACGGCAUCCAUGGGACUGCGACUGCUGCUUGCAACUGCGAUUCGAUCCAUGCUGGGCCGUACAACCUGUUAUGCAUGUUAUGGAUCCAGAUACUUAUUUGGUCGUUAGAUUUUUUGUUGUUAUUUCGUUGUUAGAUUUUUGGUUUUCUUUGUUUGGUUGUGAAUAUGUAGAAUGCAGGAUCUACUAUGCAUAUUUGUAUUUUGUUUUUAGCAUUGAGCUACUUAAGAUUUUAAAAAAUAAAUAUCGAAUUUGUCCUAUAUUUUUUUAAAUGAUAGAAAUAAAAUCCGAACAUUGAUUCAUA